GUCGCCCGCGUGACGCGCAACGACACGCACGCCUGCGUCAGAUGUAAAACAAAAACAAUACAGAACAUUUAUGAACGGUCUAAGCAACAUUUAAAAAGUAAUUAAACACGCGUCCAGAUAAAAAAAAGAACAGUGAUUAAAAAAAAGAAAAUCGACCAAAGAGUUUAGCCGUAGAAAAAGGAAGAAUAAGCGAACAAGGAGGUUUCAGUUACGAAGAUCGGUAGUGUUCGGCACGAAAGUGGCGGCGACGGUGGGCGCGCGCUUGGAAUGCGCGGGAGUGGACACGUAUAGCGCGCGCGCACGCCCCGACACAGUGCCGCCCUCAGAACACCCGGCCAUGGCGACCGAAGCUGGCGGCGCCGCGGCCGGCGGCGAGCAACAAUAUUCGUUGCGGUGGAACGACUUCCAUUCGGCGAUGGUCUCGUCAUUCCGGCGGUUGCGAGACGAGGAGGACUUCGUGGACGUCACACUCGCUUGCGCCGGUGCCACAUUUACAGCGCACAAGGUGGUGCUAUCAGCAUGUAGUCCUUACUUUCGAAAAUUACUAAAGGCGAAUCCAUGCCAACAUCCUAUCGUUAUCCUCAGGGAUGUUCAUGAUAAAGAUAUGGAGAGCUUACUUAGGUUCAUGUACCAGGGCGAAGUACACAUAGGUCAGGAACAACUAAAAGAAUUUUUAAGAGCCGCUCAGUUACUGCAAGUACGAGGGCUUACAGAUGUGCCUGCACCUGCACCUGUACCUACUCUAGACCAGAAGGCCUCACCGCAAUCUGUAUCCUCAUGGACGGAAACCGGUAGCGGUGGUUCACGGGAAGGUAGAGAUAUCCAACAACGUGAAGGCAGAAGAGCACGAAGACCUGAAGAAGGUGCAAACAAUACUCCACCUCCAAAACGUGCCAGAUCAUCAGACUUAUAUCAAGCGCAAAUGAAAUCUAGGACAGAACAGAUACUGGCACAGCACACGAGCGGUAGCCCAGAACGAUUAGGAACCAACGGCCACGAAUUAUCUUUAUUUAGUCAAGCUUUGGAUGGCACACAAGGAGUUCAUAUGACUGGAGUCUCUAAUAAUUUGUCAGGGGAUGGUGAGGAGUCAUCAUCAGACGCAGGUGUCAGCGAUUCCGAGACAGAACCACGCGCUAAACAAGAACCGCUGGAUUACGACGACCCGGCGACCAUGGCCAAUACUAACGGCGCGCUGCCACAUAGUUUUCCAGGACUACUCAAUUUACCAGGCUUCCCCGGAUUACCGGGACCUUCAGGAAUGCCAGAUAAUUAUGGAGGUUGUAGACGGACGCAGGAUCUGCUCAGAGUACGGGCUACGGACCCGCGGCCCUGCCCCAAAUGCGGCAAAAUCUAUCGCUCCGCUCACACGCUGCGCACACAUCUCGAAGACAAACACACUGUGUGCCCUGGUUACCGCUGCGUAUUAUGCGGCACGGUAGCGAAGUCGCGUAACUCACUGCACUCGCACAUGUCGCGACAACACCGCGGCAUAUCCACCAAGGAUUUACCCGUGCUGCAGAUGCCUACUAGAUUCGACCCGGAGCUAGCCAGCCAACUGUUAGCGAAGGCAGGCGUGAAAGUGUCCCCAGAGCAGCUGAGAGCGAGAGCUUCGCCGACUGGUCCACGGCGAUCAGACAUAAAGCUGGAUGCAAAGUCUGCCGCGUCCGAGAGCAGCUCAGUCUGUGGCGACAACGAUAAUGAUGACUUGAGCCAAUCACGCUACCAGGACAACAUACCCGUCUCCCCACCGCAUAUAAAUAAUCUGGCGAACACGACGAUCACGAAGGUGCCAGCUGUACGAGCAGUAACGGCAAAGACGGUGGAGAAUCUACCACAUUCACUCGUAGGCCUCAAGCAUGACGAUUACCCACCACCCUACGGCAACUCGGCUAUUCUAGACACUUAUAUGCAGUACUUCGGUGAGAAUUUAUUCGGCAUGAAUGCUGCAAAACUAGCACAAAUGACAGCUAUAAACAUGGAAAGGAAAACGUACGACGAGCCGUCACCGCAGAUGGGAUCGCUGCCACCGACGCACACGCACACACUCGCGCACCAGCGGUUCCUGAAGCAGAUGCAGCGGCAGUACAGCGACGGGGUCAACAAACCCGACAUCACGCGCGGCUCCGACGAACCGCUCGACCUCGGCAAGGAGCGGCAACGCGACGACAGCGCCGGCGACAUGGACGUCGAACGAAACGACCCCGCGGACAAGGACACCAACAAGGAGUUCAACGACGACGGACGGAAACGCGCGAACAGCUCCGAGGAGCGCGACCACAGCGGGCACGACGACGGCGAAUACUCCGAGGACGAGCACAAAAACGCCUCAUGAAAUGACGCCAGCGUCUAGUCCGUGGACUGCGUGCGGGACGGUUCUGUUGAAGGUAUUUCAAAAGGUGCUUGAGUGUUAUGUUUUGUGGUCGUAGCUGAUUCGUUUUGCGGUUAAAACGUUGACCCGUGGAAUGUCGUUGGUGCCAUUUCCGAUAACUUAAUGUAAAUUAAAGUUUAGAGUAAGACGGUCCGAGCCCGCGACCGGCCUCCCUCCGAGUCCGCACUUGUGGGGGUGAAAGACGAUGACGGUGCCGAGGUCGUCGACGAUGCUUUUUUGUUGUUUACGAGAGCUCGCCUUGAACUACCCUACGAUCGAUGUUGGGUAUACGCGAAUCAUUCUAUACAUUAAUUUCCUGGACCGCACCCAUUAGCCCCGAGUUCACUCUGUUAGUAUCGUCGACUCGCCACUCGUUCGUGAGAUUGUUUUAGUAGUUAAAGAGACUAGUGAGUAGUGUUUUGUAUUGUGUAUGUAAGGUCCCUUUCACAUAGUAGGGCCACUUACAUAGUUAUUCCAUCCAUCUACCUCAGCAUUUGGGCCAACGCGGCGACGUUAUAAAAUAUUUAAAAAAAAUAUCCACACAAAUUGUGAAAUUCCAUCCAUCUACCUCACUUCAAUAGAUUUUAUUUAAUAUUUUAUACAAUUUAUAGAUAUUAAUAACUGUUGUUUUAUGCAUUUUGCAGAUUGCAUUUAUAUAUACUAUAUAGAGUAUAUUGUAGGUAAAUAUAUGCAAGUCAUUAGAUCAUUGUUAGUGCUGCCCGUAGAUACUCGUUUACCGUUUAUUUUAUAUAGUAUACGCACUCACUAGACAAAUUUAGACUGUGUCACAACUGUAGCGAGUUAUAGACGCAACCUCUCUAUAUCAAUGAGCACACUAACUUGUAUGAAUAUCUUUGUAUACGAUAAACAUUACAGAGCUUAAAAUGUUAAAUAUUUUUAAAUAUGCGUAUUACGAAACGCAUUACAAAUUAUACCACGAUAAUAAUUUUAACGAUAAUAAUGAAUGGAUAUAAAUAAAAUUUUUAGAUCGUAUUUUGACAUCUACGAGAGCAUUUCUUUGACUGCCUUGAGACUGAUCUAUUAUUUCUAAAAAGUGCGGUGCGCACGCGCACACAGCUAACCGCUUGAGAAUAAAGUUCAAAUUCGACAGUUGAGAAAUCGUAUAAACUUGUAUAACAAUGUAUAUAAACUGAGGUGAUAUGUAAAGUACAUAAUAAUAAUAAAUAUUAACAAAUAGAAACAAAAAGCAAUAAAUAAAGUAUACCUUGAUGUUGCCUUCGGAUAUGUGUAAAUAGAAUAUGGGUAGUUAACAGUUUGUGUUGGUUUGAACCUUAUAUUAGUGACAAGAAGGUUUAUUUUGUGGUAAUGAUGUGGGCUCGUUACUUAAAUAACAAUUACUGUGAUUACAAUCUCAUGUUAGCCUUCAAUACUUAUACAUAUUUUUUAGAGUACAAUGUUAUAGUUAUUUAGUAUAUUGUAAGAUAAUUCGUAAGUGAGUCACAAGAUUAUAUUUACUUCCUUAAACAUUAGAAUUCACGUUAUUUAAGUAUUUAGAGCAAUAGGAGAAGCAUUUAACCUUUUAUAUGAGAGAUAUUAGAAGUCUAUGAAUUUAUUGAGAUGUACUACCAUUUACUGCCACGUACUAUAUAGAUAGUAUAUGCUGACGCAAUGGAACAAAUGCACUUUAACGAUCAAAUAGUCUUCCACACAGAAUUCAGCUCUAUAAGCAUGUACAAAAACAAAAAAUAUACUUUAACUACUUAAGAAAUCGUGAAAUAAUAAAAUACAUCACAAUAAAUUCAUAGACGAGUUUAGUGUAAGAGCUACGGGUUGAUUGAUAACAUUGACAUAUUUGUUUAGUGUGUUAGGGACGAAAUUCGUCUGUUUGGUUUGCGUACAAUAUAACCUUGUUGACAGUGUUGCCAUAGUGAUUUAUUACGACUGUACAUACGUCUUGUUUGGAGAUUAGUGCUUAUUUGAUUUAAGUUGAUAUUAAACACAUGUUUAGUGUUUUGUGAAUAUUUUCUAAGUAAUAUCGUUACUCAACAAACUGGUUCGAUUGAUUAUUUUAUUAUUUUUCAUAUUUUCCAAUGUAAUACUGAGAAUGCGAUCACCUGGCAAGGUUUGGAGUCGUAUCUAUUAACGGUUUGUGAAACUAUGAAAAUUUUCAAAUAACAAAAACCAUCUAAUAGAUAUUUGCACGUUAUUUAUAAAUAAAUUACUUAAUAUAAACCAAUAGUCAGUUACCAGAAAAUUAUUAAGAAAUAAAUACAUAUUAUAUACAUAUAUUUUUACAGAACACACUCAAUACUACAUAUAAAAUAAAACUACAGUGCCAAAUACCUGAAGUUACAUCGGCUACAUAUUAAGCAAUAUUAACAUGUAUGACGUCGUGUUAGAGUUUAGAAUGGCUCGAUCAUGAACCGUGAUGCGAUGUGACUCAACUUGCACUGUAUACUGUUGUUGAUUUUACAAAAUAUUAUUAUUAUACCAGUGGAAAUAUAAGUAGGACUUUAAGUCGACUAUUAUUGUCUUUGUAUAAUACUUAUAUUUAGUUACCUUAUGAACUUUGGAAGUUCGCAUUUAGUGUCUUUUUCUUCAUAUUUUUUUUAAUUACUACUUUACCUCAUUAGCAUGACCGUUCAUGUAAAACUCAUUUUAAUUAAUUCUUGUAAUUUAAUUAUUCUUUAUGAUAACUUUGUUACCGUCUAGUUUGAUAUAGUGCCCGAGUUUACAGUAUAUUUUUGUCUUUGAACAAUACAAGAAUCUCUCUUCAGAAAAUCCAAGUCAGGCGUGUUUAGUUAAAACUGUUUCAACCAAGACGGGUAACAAACACAACAUUUAGGGUCAAUGCAAACCUAACGGAAGAUCCGUUGAGCUAGUACGUACGCGUUAUUACGCUCGACGGAAUAAUGGAUUAACUGUAAUGUACAAGCUUGAAUUUCAUAUUAUAUGUUUACAGUUCUGUCGUUCCGUGACGGAUGACACGCAACGGAUCUCCCGUCAGAUAUGCACUGGCCCUUAUAGACUAGCGAUUCAUUAGUGAGCACAAACAUUAAACCUAAACUCUGGUUGGUGUAUUCGAGUAGUUAUUAGUUUACUUGAGGUGUUGACAUUAUUUUUAACCAGCGGUAUAAUUCUAUACUUAAGCUCUCUACUUCAAUUUGUUCUAUUUGAAUGAAUAUGAACUAAAUUCGGAAGCCAUUGUUGAUCUAAAUUUGGUUUUGUUUCAUGAUCUCGUUAUGUUUUCGGUAUUGUUAUUUUGUUCGUCGGUGGCAUUAUUACUGUAUACGACUGGGCUAGUGGCCACCUUCCAUUACUUAAAUAUAUAUGUUAACUAGCAAUUGCCAAAAUACGACCAUAGAUUAACAAUUGUGUACCCUAUUCUGAUACAAUUAAGUUCGAAUUUGAAUCUCGUUUAGGCGUUUACGCACAGAACAAUAUGACCCUAGACAUCACAAAAAGGUAGGGAAGUGUUAUUAAGUUGUAACAGGACAUACACGCCUUCGCCAUUUCGUACGUUAGUGUACUAGACGUAUGCCGCUUCACUACAUUAUUAUAUACAACAUAAUAAAAAUAAUUGUUUUGAACGUGUGUCGUUUGAUUCUAUACAUACCCAAAACGCUUGUAUAUCUAUAUAUAGGUAUAAAAGCGAAAGGUCACUCACUCACUCACUCAUAAUGAAAUCUCAGAAAUUACAAGUAUUAGGAGUUUCAUAUUUUGCAUACGGGUUCUUUUUAAGACGUAGCUGCUCACUAAGACGGGGUUUUUAUGAAAUUCAACCCCUAAGGGGAGAAAUUAGGGGAUGAUAGUUUGUAUGAAACUUCAUUACUAAAAGUGCUAGGAGUUUCAAAUUUUGUAUGCGGGUUCUUUUUAGGACGUAGGUGUUCACUGAGACGGGAUUUCGCGAAAUACGACCCCUAAGGGGGUAAAUUAGGGGAUGAUUUAUUUUUAUGGGGAUUUUCUCAUUUCUGGACUUGAAAACUAGAUAUGAAGCUGGCGGAAAGCUAGUUUUAUAUAAAAUAAAUAUAAAUAGGAUUUUUUCACAUCACAUUAUCAGAAUUUUAAUAACUUUGAAUUACCCCUCUCCUUACGUAAACGUUAGCAUAUACAUAUAUAAAAAUACAGAAAUAAUAAACAUAAUAUUAGUGACGUCACCACCAUCCAGACGCUGCUAACCUCUUUGUACUGCAACUAAGAGCUUUAGAGCUUACUUAAUAUUUAAAUGGCCCCCAAACACGAUAACGAAUUAUAUAAAAGUCUGUCUAAAACAAAAAACAUAUUUUAUUAAAUGGAAUUAUUUUGACAUUUUUUUUAUUUUAUACAUAGUAAUUGAAUAUCGACGACGCGCUUAAAAAUACAAAAUAGUGCCUAAAGCUAAUAAGAAAAAAAUACAUAACAUUUAUCACAUAAACCACUAGAGCAUGGAUGAUUUUAAAUAUCAGUGGACUACAUUUAGUCGAUAAAAAUAUAUUUAUUUGGUGUAGAGCAUCAAUGAGGCAUUUUAUACCAAGAUACAUUUGUACAAAAGGAUGUCUAAAUAAACUAACAACACUUUGAAAGCUGUUUAAAAAAGUGUCUCACUGAGUGGCAAUAUCCGAAAGGAACUCCCCUACUCCUGUUUAGUGUCUUUCUUCUUAGUGUAGAGGGACCGAACGCCUAUGAUGGCGUUCACUCUGUAACAACAAUUUGAACGAUUAGCUUUACUACGCUUUAGACACUAUUUAUUUAUACAAUUACUAAUUGUAUUCCCGCGACUUCUCCCACGAAAAUUAUAUUAAUGACAACCGCGUAU